AUGCCUCUAUGGGUGCGUUUCCCAAACCUGCUUCUGAAUCAAUGGGGACCUGUCCCUCUGAGCAAGAUUGCUAGUCGUUUGGGUGAACCUAUGUUUGCGGAUGAGUGUACAAAGAAGCAAACCUAUCUCUCUUAUGUUAGGGUCAUGGUAAAUGUGGACAUUACUCAGGACAUGCCAAAGGAAAUAGAGGUCUGGGUUGAGAAUGGGCAGGCAUUCACUCAAGCUGUGGAGUUUGAUUGGAAGCCUAAGUUCUGUGGAGGUGAGCCUAGAAAUAGGGGUAUAGGUUUGGAAGACAGAGUUGCUCAGAAACAAGUGAUAACCUCAGUACUACCACAAGGGGAAUGGCUAGCUUUGCCUACAGUCUAUGUGAUGCCAUUGCCGAAAGGGGCUACUGAGGCUUCAAGUUCGAGUGCUAGUGGUAUGGGAAGUAUGUCAUUUGGUGCUAUGAAAAAAGGAGUCACGGAUGUGAUCCCUUUGGGGGAUAGAGGUAUCACUGGGGGAACUUUGGGACUGCCACCAGAGGGAUUAGUAGAAACAAAAAUAAAGGAGCCCAAAUUUACUACUUGUCUGAAUAAAGUAGCAAAAGGGUGGAAGUAUAUCCACAACUAUGCUCAUGCUAUAAAUGGGAGGGUUUGGAUCAUAUGGAAGGAAGCAGAUGUAGGAGUAACUGUAGUGGAAACACAUGGGCAAUAUAUUCAUUGUACUAUUGCUGAUAGGACUACUGAUUUCACAUGCUUUCUCACAAUAGUGUAUGGAAGUAAUAGCUUGGAGGAAAGGAAAGAUUUAUGGGCUGGGAUGCUUAGACUGGGUGGUGCUAUCACAACUCCAUGGUGCAUUUGUGGAGAUUUCAACUCUUCUCUAGAUGCUACAGACAGACAGGGGGGCAAUCCAGUGAGUGAUGCUGAGACUAUGGAUUUCAAAAAUUUUGUGGAUGCACUGGUCCUUACUGAUAUGAAAGCCUCUGGAAGGCUACUCGCCUGGACUAAUGGACAUGUUUGGAGCAAGAUAGACAGGGCAAUGUGUAAUACAGCUUGGGUAGGACAAUAUGGAGCAAUCACUACAUAA